CAUUUCCGCCAAGCCAGAACACAGGGCAAGACACUGCAGACCUCCGGAGGGCAUUUUAUAGACCACCUGCCUCCCCACCUCCCACUGAUUCCUGGAACUCCCACCACUGUAGCCCGCGCAGCCCAGCCCCAGCCGGCAGCGCGCCCUGUGUCAGGGACGCCGAGUUUUCUCUGGACACGAAGGCACCGACGCCUCUCAACCCACUGGAGCAGGGGAUUUCGGUAGCAUUUUAAUUUUAUAUCUCAGGAACCUGAAAGCAAAAGUUGGUGAAAGGCGAGGGAAGCUACCCACAUCAAAUAAACCUCCCUGAGGAGCGGCCAGAGCCGGGCUUCCGACCACUGGCUCCUCACCUCCAGGGACUUCCAGGGUCUUCCCACCACCCCCCUCCUCACCCCGAGGGCGUCACGUGGCGGCGUGGGGCCCGCCUCCCGGUGACGUCACCGCGCUCGCAGCCGUCGCGCUGAAGAAAGGAUGCUCUAGGAUGCUGUGCAGGUGGGCGGCCGGGCUGCGCCAUGCGGCACUGCAGGUGUAAGUAGCGUGGUCGACGCGGGAGUGAUGAGUGGCUCUGGAAACCUGAUGGAUUUCCUUGACGAGCCCUUCCCCGACGUGGGGACGUAUGAGGACUUCCACACCAUCGACUGGCUAAGGGAAAAGUCACGGGACACCGACAGACACAGAAAGAUAACCAGCAAGAGCAAGGAGUCCAUAUGGGAGUUCAUCAAGAGCUUGCUGGACGCCUGGUCCGGAUGGGUGGUGAUGCUGCUCAUUGGCCUGCUGGCAGGCACCUUGGCUGGGGUCAUCGAUCUCGCCGUCGACUGGAUGACCGACCUGAAGGAGGGGGUCUGCCUGUCUGCCUUCUGGUAUAGCCACGAGCAGUGCUGCUGGACUUCCAACGAGACCACGUUUGAGGACAGGGACAAGUGUCCCCUGUGGCAGAAAUGGUCGGAGCUGCUGGUGAAUCAGUCAGAGGGUGCCAGUGCGUACAUUCUGAAUUACCUAAUGUACAUCCUGUGGGCGUUGCUCUUUGCGUUUCUGGCCGUCUCCCUGGUCCGGGUAUUUGCACCAUACGCCUGUGGCUCCGGUAUUCCAGAGAUAAAGACCAUUCUGAGCGGCUUCAUCAUCAGAGGCUACUUGGGGAAGUGGACCCUGCUGAUCAAGACCGUCACCCUGGUGCUGGUGGUAUCCUCGGGCCUGAGCCUCGGCAAAGAAGGGCCACUGGUGCACGUGGCUUGUUGCUGUGGCAACUUCUUCAGCAGCCUUUUCUCUAAGUACAGCAAGAAUGAGGGCAAGCGGCGCGAGGUGCUGUCAGCUGCGGCCGCAGCCGGGGUCUCCGUCGCCUUUGGUGCUCCGAUCGGCGGUGUGCUUUUCAGUCUGGAAGAGGUCAGUUACUACUUUCCUUUGAAGACCUUGUGGCGGUCCUUUUUUGCGGCCCUGGUGGCAGCCUUCACGCUGCGAUCCAUCAAUCCCUUUGGGAACAGCCGCCUCGUUCUCUUCUAUGUGGAAUAUCACACGCCCUGGUACAUGGCCGAGCUCUUCCCCUUCAUCCUGCUUGGGGUCUUCGGGGGCUUGUGGGGAACCCUCUUCAUCCGUUGCAACAUCGCCUGGUGCAGGAGGCGCAAGACCACCAAGCUGGGCAAGUACCCGGUGCUGGAGGUCAUUGCAGUGACCGCCAUCACCGCCAUUGUCGCCUACCCCAAUCCCUACACGCGCCGGAGCACGAGCGAGCUCAUCUCCGAGCUCUUCAAUGACUGCGGGGCCCUUGAGUCCUCCCAGCUCUGUGACUACAUCAACGACCCCAACAUGACGCGGCCUGUGGACGACAUCCCGGACCGGCCGGCCGGGGUCGGGGUUUACACAGCCAUGUGGCAGCUGGCGCUGGCGCUGAUCUUCAAGAUCAUCAUUACCAUAUUUACCUUUGGCAUGAAGAUUCCGUCCGGCCUCUUUAUUCCCAGCAUGGCCGUGGGCGCCAUGGCGGGCAGGAUGGUGGGAAUCGGCGUGGAGCAGCUGGCUUACCAUCACCACGACUGGAUCAUCUUCAGGAACUGGUGCAGGCCCGGAGCAGACUGCGUCACCCCAGGGCUUUAUGCCAUGGUGGGAGCUGCUGCCUGCCUAGGUGGAGUUACCAGGAUGACGGUGUCCUUGGUGGUCAUCAUGUUUGAAUUGACGGGCGGUCUCGAGUACAUCGUGCCCCUGAUGGCAGCAGCCGUAACCAGCAAGUGGGUGGCCGAUGCCUUUGGGAAGGAAGGCAUCUACGAGGCCCACAUCCACUUGAAUGGGUACCCGUUUCUGGAUGUGAAGGACGAGUUCACUCACCGCACACUGGCCACCGAUGUCAUGCGACCACGGCGGGGGGAGCCGCCGCUGUCCGUCCUCACCCAGGACAGCAUGACCGUCGAGGACGUGGAGACGCUCAUUAAGGAGACCGACUACAAUGGCUUCCCUGUGGUCGUCUCCAGGGACUCAGAGCGCCUCAUCGGGUUUGCCCAGAGGAGGGAGCUGAUUCUUGCAAUAAAGAACGCCAGACAGAGGCAGGAGGGCAUCGUGAGCGACUCGGUCAUGUACUUCACGGAGGAGCCCCCCGAGCUGCCGGCCAACAGCCCGCAGCCCCUGAAGCUGCGGCGCGUCCUGAACCUCAGCCCUUUCACGGUCACGGACCACACCCCCAUGGAGACGGUGGUGGACAUCUUCCGGAAGCUGGGGCUCCGCCAGUGCCUGGUGACACGGAGCGGGAGACUUCUUGGCAUCAUCACGAAAAAGGAUGUUCUGAGACAUAUGGCUCAGAUGGCAAACCAGGACCCUGAAUCCAUCAUGUUUAAUUAGAAACAAGAUGGCAGUUAUUUUAAGAAAAACACAACAGUGUCAUUUUAAAAGUAAAACAAAUGAUAUGUUAUUACCCUAAUGAACAAUCAUGCACUGGGGGCAGCGGAAAAAAGCUUGGUUUGAUAGGCGGGGAAGAAGAAUGAAACUUAAAAAAAAGACAUCAAUGAGUAGGCAUUUUAUAGCUUUAACCCCUUAUGAGUUUCAAGCUGUGUGUCCUAAUGAGUUGAGUAACUGCCAUGGGGGCAUGUGGGUGGGUACAAAUGAUGUGGUUUGUCCAGGGACACGGAACACAAUGGCUGAGUCAAGAAACAUUUGCCCCUUCUGCUGAAGACUGAUGUUGAUGAAGCUUUGAGCCUGAAAGGCCAAGGGGUACUGGCGUGUCAGCCUCCUUAUUUAUUGGUUCCUGAGGUUUUGCUGCUAUGUUACUGAAUCAGACUAAAGAUAUCUGCACUUCCUUUGUUGGAGAAGAAAAAGAAGUUAAAUGUGAAAGCUACAAGUAUGCCAGUAGGUUCACUCAUGACCGUCCAUUGCUGGCUCCUGUUCUCAGCGUAUUAUUUUGCUUAUCCAUCAGUUUCUGAACCAAUGUCAGGCCACCUGCCACGUUGAAUAUGAAGAAAUCAUCUCUGUCUGCAAGCCCAGCAUAUUGGGACUGCAUGAUGAACUGUUGGAGCCUUUCGUGCUGCACUUUGUUUCCUGCCAUGAAAAGGGCUUCAUCCUUAUUUUGAGGGUAUACGUACCCAUCAUUGAUUUGCAUCCCCCACUGCAUUUGCUUCCUCUAUUUAUUGCUGUUGCCUGUGCAUCUUAAAUAUGGAUCAGUGUAGCACUUUCCAUAGGCCAUAGCCUAUAUUCUGCCAGCGUGCCAUAGUGGCUUUAAUCUCCAAACAUCGUAUACAAGAGUCAAAACAGGCUACCCCGUGUUACUACUUAUUUUUCCUCUCAGAUCUUAUUAAAUACGGCUGCAGAGAGGAAGAGGCAUAUGAUUUCUCAGUGGGAACUCCUCCAAAUGGAUUGCAAGAGAAGUACCAAAUUGAUUCUAAAUCUGUUCCAUUCUCUUCUCUGUAGGAUGCAAAACAGCCAGCUUUAAUGUAUAAGCAUGCCCUUUCAUACUAGCAAUCAAAGCACUGAAGGACAGAGUUAAAUUCUAGACAGCCAAUUUGAGCAUGGGGCAUCUCUGUAUUGAACGUAAUGAUACAUUUAUUCUUUUAGUCAGGACUUCUGUCCUGUCCGUGGGAAAGAAUUAAGCUGUGGUUUUCAGGUCCAUUGUGUGAUCCUACUGGCCCUUGCACUUUCGUCUUUGUUCUUCCCUUUUCACGGAGUCAUCCUUAUCCCUUUCAAUCUCAUCAUUGGAUACCGAUAUAUCAGGUGUGCAUUUGGCUGCAAAUAAUAGGAAACUGAUCACACAAUGAAGAGCUGAAUAAGAAACCGGGAGGUGGGCACUCAGGACUGUCUUCCUUCUAGAUCACUGAGGACCCACACUGGUAUUUUUUCCCACCAGCCUUACCCGUUGUCCUUUGGCUUAUUGCCUCAUAGUCAUAAGAUGGUUACUGCACCAACAGGUCUGAUGUCUGCUUUCUAAGCAAAAAGAGGGAGGAAAAGGCAAGUGACAAGGUGCAAAUGUCUAUAUCGGGAAAGCAGAGCUUUCCCAGAGACGCUUAGCUUACAUCCAUUGGCUAGAAUUCCAUCACGUGGCUCCCCUAGCUGCACGUGAGUCUGGGAAGGAAAAUAUUUAGCUAAGUAGCCGUAUUACUCUGAGUGAAAUGGAGAUUCUCUGAGUAAGGGAGGGGGAUUGGCCCUUGGGAGGAGAAUACUUGUCUGCUCUGUUGGAUGCUGUGACUGUGUCCCUGUCCUUGUCCUGCCUGCCCUCUUCACUCUCUUGCUGACCUCCUCCAGAUGCUCUCUUAUAACAUUAUAGUUCCCCACUUCUCUUGCAUUUGAUGUAGAACUCCCAAUCAGAAUCCAUCAUUUCUUAACCCUUGUAAGAAUGUUCAUUUUGGAUAAAAAUCUAGCUAUCAGAAUUUUGAUGAGACUUCUAGUUGAUAGAAGGAAAUAUACUGAAAUGCUUUACCUGACUUAAAGAAGUGUAAGUCAGAUAAGGCUGACAAAUGAUGGAAAAUCUGUUUCUGUAAUCAAUUGGCCUCCAAAAUAAUAUCAGGUAGCCACUUCCAUGUGGAAAGAUCAGCGUAUAGUACAGAAUAUAAUCUUUGGUCCUGUAAUAGAAUGAAAUUUUGUUGUCUGGUUCACAGCAGGUAAGUACUGAGUAACGGAUCCUAAUAUUAGUGUUGCUUUUGGGGUUUCCAUGGAACAAUGUGAAUGAAGCUGGAUUCUCCUGGACUUUCAGUCCUAAAAAGUCUUCACUGAGCUCUCCUGCGCUGGCUCCCUGAAGAGUCUUAGUCAUAGCCUGGAUUUAUAUAAUCCAGGACACCCCGUUAGCUGAAACAGGGAGCUUCAGAGGGGACACGAAACAGGGAUCAGAUAGCCAAAGGUCAGUGAAACCGCAGAAUCCCCCCUCCUCCAGCUGAGGCUGGGGAGGGUGAGGCGGGGGUUGACUCUGGGCCAAGGUCGCGGAGGGGACUUGCAUCCUCUCCCCAGCAUUAGCGUGGAGAUGCCCGUGGGGUUCAUGCUCUUCUUAACAGAGCCCAGCGUCAGGCAGGCAGGUUGGGGCCAGGGUAGGGGGCUUGCAGAGUGACUACCGCCCGCCUCUCCUGGAGCCCUGACUCAGCCGCCCGCGCCAGCCUCAGACAAACUUACUGGAGAAUGUGCUGCUGGGCCCCUCUAUCACUUCCUUGGAGUAUGCGUUGGGGGGAUUCCGAAGGUGUUCGCCGUAUCCGAAUGUAGAGCUUCAUCCGCGAUACCUGGUGAUGUGAUGAACAAGACAAGUAGAACCGGGAUGUGGAGGCGAAACAAGCCUUUCUCAGAAUACUGGUUUUUUUCUUUUUCCAGAACCAAAGGUCGUAGAAAUUUGUAGAACUUUCUGGAUUCUUUUGGAAUCGGUUUUUUAAUGUGAAUAAAUAUAAAUACAUUGUGGAAAAAGAGUUCUGUAACAAGGCACAUCAAUCUACUUCUUGCUCUCCUUUUCUAUUACUGAGGAAAUGUGUUGUGGAAGGACAGACAGCAAAUAAACAGCCUCCCGAAAGUGA